AUGAUCACCAACAAGUCCAAGCAGCGAUCGCCAAUAAAAGCGGUUAAAAAAACCUCCAAAUCUCCGGCCAGCAAGGUCGCCAAGCCGAAGAAACAGCAAAAGAAUUCCCUAAAGAAUUCGCUGAAAAAACCUAUGAAGAAUCCCACAAAGAAGCAAGUGAGGCGUUCCCCAUUGAUGCGCACCGCCUUGCAGCCCACAAUUUUGGGCACGGCCAAGGUAAAGAAACCGCUGGCCAAAUCGCAUGUGACCUUCAAGAAGAAGUCGCAUCGCCAGAAGCCCAUUGAUGCCUUGCAAUCCCUGGGAUUGUCCCGAAAGACCAAGCUCAUUGAUGCCAGUCUACAGAAGAAGAACAGUCCUGGUACUCCGGUACUCUUUCUGCUCAAGGAUGCAAAGACCCAGGAAAAGGGUGGCAAGAAAAUGAAGAAGACUCCAAUGGCGGGCAGAAGAAAACAAUAUUUAGAUCACCGGUGGCUGAGACCCCAAAUCGAGACGAGGGCCACCGAGGGUGUGGAUUUCUUCUAUAAUCUCGGCAUGCGUAGGCAGCAACCAGCCAAACAGGAUCAGAAAGUGGGACUACGUGGAGGAGUAGCAGGACUUGAGGGCAGAUUGGCGGGCGGAGGAGGAGGAUCUAGAUUGCCGGGAUCAGUAAGGAACACCAACAAUCCAACAGGCCUCUCGUCCAUUGUCGGUGGUGUUGUGGCAGCCAAGGAUGUGGUGGUUCCGCUGACCAGCCGACUGCCCAUCAUCGACUUUAUCUCCACCAACGAGUUCCAAAAUAUGUACGCCAAUUCCAUCCGGAAGCCGCACAGCAGGAAGAACUCUGGAGGAUCUGCAACCACAACGACCGACAACAUUUAA